AUGUAUAGCAAUUACCAAAGAACGAUCAAAGAAAACAAAUUAAGAGUUGUUCCCGAGGACGUCUCCGAUCGCUACAAUGAGAGUGCGGAACACUUUGACAGCGAUGUCGGCACCAUUGAAUGGAUGAUGGGUUUGCUCAAAAUGAGAAAGAAGCUUGCAAAAGAAGCUGAGGGAGAUGUUCUCGAGGUCUCAGUGGGGACUGGAAGGAACAUUGAGUAUUAUUCUCUCGACAAAUGCAAGAGCAUCACCAUGGUUGAUCUAAGUCCUGAAAUGGUUGAGAUCGCAAGGAAGAAAUUCAAAGAGGCGCAUCCAAGAUAUUCAAACGUCACAUUCCGUACGCAGUCGGCAAUGGUCCCUAUUGACGCUCCGUCGCCGCAGGGAUUCGAUACCAUUAUCCAAACCAUGGGACUUUGUUCAACGCCCGAGCCAGUUAAGCUCCUGGACAAUUUGGGUCGUCUAGCUAACCAAGAACAUGGAAGAAUCCUUUUACUGGAACACGGCAAAUCAUAUUACACGAAACUGAACGAGAUCAUGGAUAAUUUAGCACCAGCACAUGCUGACAAGCACGGGUGCUGGUGGAAUCGGGAUAUCGGGGCCAUCAUUGCAGAAAGUGGGUUGGAAGUUGUGUCAAUUGACAGAUAUCAUUUUGGCACCACGUGGAAGGUCGAGCUUCGGCCUAGACAAACGACAUUGAAGUCGGACACGAAGGACAAAGGCUCCAAAUAA